AUGGCGGUUGACGAUGACACGGAUGAUGAAGAAGGUCAAAAUGAAGAAGCUAAAAAGUUUUACAAUUUAAUAAAUGGGGCAAGUCAAGAGUUAUACCCGGGUUGCAAGAAAUUUUCUACAUUAUCUUUUACCAUCCGUCUGUACUUGUUAAAGUGUUUGCACGGUUGGAGCAAUGCCUCCUUCACUUCAUUUCUUGAGCUAUUGAAAGAGGCAAUGCCUGACAUUAACAUACCUUUAUCUUUCCAUAAGACGAAGUCUAUGAUAAGAGAUUUAGGUCUGGAUUAUAAAAAGAUUGAUGCUUGUCCUAAUGAUUGCCUCCUGUAUAGAAAAGAACUAAAGGAUGAAAAACACUGUUGUGUGUGUGGAACUUCUCGAUAUACUGAAAAUUCCAGUGAUAAUAGCAAGAACCAACCUGACAAGAAAGGUCGUCUUAUUCCUGCAAAGACUCUGAGAUACUUUCCUAUAAUUCCAAGACUUCAGAGAUUAUUUAUGUGCUCAAAGAUGGCAGCUAGUCUGAGGUGGCAUGAUGAGGAGUGCGUAAAAGAUGGGACGUUAAAGCAUCCUGCUGAUGGCUUGGCAUGGAAGAACCUUGAUGAAAUAGAUGAAGAAUUUGCAAAAGAAUCUCGCAAUAUUAGACUAGGCUUGUCAAGUGAUGAGUUCAACCCAUUUCGUAGCAUGAACAUUUCAUGGAGCACGUGGCCCGUGAUGCUGAUGGUAUACAACUUGCCUCCGUGGAUAUGCAUGAAACCCGAAUAUUGUAUGCUUUCUUUGCUUAUUCCUGGGCCACAAUCACCUGGUAAAGACAUUGAUGUGUAUCUACAACCAUUGAUAGAAGACUUGAAGUUGUUGUGGGAAAAAGGGGUUGAAACCUGUAAUGCGUCAAAGAAUGAGACCUUUCACAUGCGGGCAGCUCUUUUGUGGAUAAUCAACGAUUUUCCUGCUUAUGCUAUGUUGUCUGGGUGGAGUACAAAGGAAAAGUUGGCUUGCCCUUGUUGCAACAAAAAUAGCAGUAGCUUACAACUAAAACACAGUCGGAAGACAGUUUAUAUGGACCAUCGUGUCUUUUUACCUAUGGAUCAUCCAUGGAGAACCAAUACAAGGUCUUUUAAUGGGAAGCAGGAAUUAAGACGCCCUCCACCUGUUAUAGAAGGAACCGAAAUUUUUGAGAUGCUACAAAAUGCUGAGAAUGCCUUUGGAAAGAAGCAAAGUACAUCAAAUAGUUUCCCAUGGAAUUGGAAAAAAAGAUCAAUUUUCUUUGAAUUGCCUUACUGGCACAAGAACCCACUGUGUCACAACUUAGAUGUCAUGUACAUUGAGAAGAAUAUACUUGACAGUGUAAUUGGAACUCUCUUGGAUAUCCCAGGAAAGAUAAAGGACCAUUUGAAUGCUCGAUAUGACUUAAAAGAAAUGGGUAUCUGGAAAAAUCUUCAACCAAAGGAGGUGAAUAAUGGCAAGAGAAUAAAGUUGGCAAAGGCAUGCUUUUCUAUGACUGCUGUAGAGAAGUCAGUUUUUUGUGGUGUUUUGAAGACAACAAAGCUACCUGAUGGCAGUGCUUUGAAUAUAUCACGCUGUGUACAUCUAAGAGAAAGAAAAGUUUCUGGGCAUAAGACCCACGAUGCUCACUUUAUGCUUCACUAUUUACUACCAAUACCGAUUAAAAGCAUCCUUCCUGAUCAUGUGGCCAUUUUGUUGAUUCGACUAAGUUCCUUUUUUCGUCGCUUGUGCAAAAAGUUCAUCAUACUGGAAGAGAUAGAUUUACUGGAGUUAGAUAUUAUAGAAAUAUUAUGCCAUCUUGAGAGGAUCUUUCCCCUAGUUUUUUUGACAUAA